UGACAAUGGCAAGAGGAUACAUCCCGCCAUGCACUUCCAGAUCGUCCAUACCAGCCUUCCGCCCAAGUCCAAUUUCCCCUGGUUUUGGAGUUCAAUCGGCAACUUCAUUCCCAGCGGGAUAUACCCAGGAAUGGAGAAGAGCCCAGUCAUACGUACGGGAUUCCCAUGACAGAUCGAGACAGGACAAUAUGCUUAGGUUGACUGAAGAACGCCGGUCAAUGUACCGAGGAGAUCAAACUCCAAAAACAAUUCGCUCUGCUAGAGAACUCUCGCAGCCAAGAUUGGAUGACAACUGGCAUGAAACUGUUCCAUCGAUCAAUAAUAUGGCCACAAUGUAUGUCGCUACUGCAGGUAUGGGUGUUGCAACAACCGACCAGAAAGCAGUGCCAUCGUCAGCAGACGUGAUGUGCAGGUUAAACUGGCAUAGCCCUUCGUCUUCCAUAGGGAAGCCACACCAGGAACCUGUUUCCACAUCGAUAUCCAAGAUGUCAGUCACGCCCCACCAAACAGAACCGCCAGCCGGAUAUUCCAAGCCGACUGCUGAUCACCCGACUACAGGUGGCAAGACAGGUUCUCUGUUUCAGGACACUGAAUAUGCAAAGUAUUAUCCCACGGCAGAUACCUGUUCAGCUUUCUCUUACCAUCUUGGUCAAAGUUCAGCAUCUUCUCAAAGACCAGCAGCUUCCCACGAUGAUCUGAUCCGUCAUAGGCCUUCAGCCAGUCCUUCAGAUCAUCAACUGGCUUCACCAAAGACUUAUGGAGAAACUCACAAAGACCAAAGAUAUGAAGCGACGUUUGAUGCACCGCCUAAUAUGGAAAACAAAAUGGAAUCUGAUUUCAGGUUCAGCGGUGAAGAGUAUCGAGAAUCCCUUGUGGAAACACUACAGAAGGCUGGGAAGAAAGGUUGUCCGGACAGGUCGUCAAAUGUUGGAGUUUCUCAGGAAGGUAUGCCUGAAACAUCGGAGGAACCUUCCGCGUAUCGUAUACCAAUGGACUGUGGACAUCCUGCCGGACACCAAUCUGUGCCUUCCAAAGUAACGACAAUGCGACGGGAUCAGGAGCCGCGGACGACAUAUACAACAUUAUACAGGUGUGCAUUUUGCCCAAAAGAGUUCAAGAAGCCUUAUCAACUUCGUGAGCAUGAUUGUGUUCAUACUGGAGAGCGACCAUUCAAGUGUGACGUCUGCAGCAAGUCAUUCAAUAGACGAUGGACUCUAGAUAUUCAUAGACGUAUUCAUUCUGGACGGAGAGAGUACACGUGUAAGGAGUGUGGCAAGUCGUUCACACAAUCGUGUCAUCUGCGUGUUCAUGAACGUAUUCAUUCUGGACAGAGACAGCACAUGUGUAAGGAGUGUGGCAAGUCGUUCACACAAUCGUGUCAUCUGCGUGUUCAUGAACGUAGACAUACAUGUACUGACGAGAGACCAUUUACAUGCAAGUUAUGUGACAUGUCAUUCAGACAGAAAUCCCAUCUACGCCUGCAUAAUAUACGUGUACACGCAGCAGAACGUCCGGAUAUGUGAGAAGGGCGUGAACGGUAUUUACAUGUACAUGUAGCUGUUUGUCAAACCUUCUCCAACACCUGCGUUUACUGUCAUUCUGACUGAAGAGCGUUUAUGACGCGAAAACGAAAACGUAAAUGUGUAAAUGUCUGUCUUGUCUUUGUGAUUCUAUGUAAACAUGCUAUGUGUCUUGUCUUGUGUUUGUCUCCACAUGUCUCUUUGUAGGGCUGUGUUCCCAAUAAAAAUAAAUAAGAAAUAAAUGUGUUACUGUGAUUGAGAGCAUGUUCGGUCUGAUACGCUAUGCAUGAAAAAAUGAACGUGGUCUCAUGCACGCGCUAGAUGAUUAUAGUCAAGCUGAUGUGCAUCAUUGGCUGUAUGCUUUUGGUUCGGUUUAGAACGGAUUACUUUCUCCGUUUCGUAGAUACACGUAUGUGCGGAAGUCUUACGAGGGCGAUCAAUCGCGGUACUGUCUACCAUGUUAAUAUAGCAACAGUGAACCUCAUUCUGUUGUGCUGUGGUUAUCAAAAUUGUAAUAAUAAUAAAUAAUUAGUUUCUUGAUGGGAAUGUGCACAGGAUUGUUUCGUUCUAUCCUUUCACUAGUCGUAUUAUCAUGGCUCCCAGGCUACAUUCUGAAACCACAACAAUAUCCUGCCUUUCUAUUGUCUAAUCGUUUUAUUUUGUUUUUGUAGUUAGCCGUGAAUAGUACGUAUUGCCUCUCCUAGCGAAAUGAAGCCAAUGAAUCGUCCA